UCAAUUCUCUAGAGUGAAAGAAAAGGAUCUCUCUCUCUCCACCGCCAGAACCUUAAGCGCAUAGACAAAGAGGAAGAGAAAGACAUUUUAAUUCUAACAAUUCACAUUCCUGUACUAUUUGGAUCUAAACAACCCCAUACCAGACUUGCUUUGAAUCAUUUUGCGGCGAUUUUGAUUGAAAUCCUUAACGCGAUCAUCGCUGUCCCAUUCAUCAACCUGCUCGCUAUAGAUAAACCCUGCGGAGACAUAUCGAUCCCUUCCUCCGGUUCUGAAGACGAGUCAUGGCGAAAGAGAGGAACAGCUGCGUGCUGCGCGAUCUCCGGCAGCGGCCCGGCAAUGACAUCUGUGCGGACUGCGGUGCUGCAGAGCCAGAUUGGGUGUCUGUGACUCUGGGUGUGUUUGUGUGUCAGGGAUGCUCUCUCAUCCACAGAAGUAUCCCCAGCCUCAACCAGGUGAAAUCUGUACUCCAGGACACCUUUGAUGAUAAAGAAACAGAGUUCAUUGCCUCUAUGGGGAACGAUGCAGCAAAGGCAAAGUACGAACAGCAAGUUCCAGCGUUUUAUUGCCGGCCCUCCCACACAGACUGCAGAAUAUUAAGGGAGCAGUGGAUCAUAGGCAAAUAUGAGAGACAGGAGUUUAUACACAUCGAGAAACAAGAGCCUUAUUCAGCAGGGUACAGAGAGGGGUUUCUAUGGAAACGUGGUCGAGACAACGGGCAGUUCCUCAGUCGCAAGUUCAUUCUGUCUGAGAGAGAUGGAGCGCUCAAGUACUUCAACAAGCAGGAUGGGAAAGAACCAAAGGCAACAAUGAGGAUUGAAACUCUAAAUGCUACUUUCCAGCCAGCUAAAAUCGGCAACCCCUUUGGUCUUCAGAUCACAUAUCUCAGAGACAACAGCACAAGAAAUAUCUUUGUGUACCAUGAAGACAGUAAGGAAAUGGUGGACUGGUUCACUGCAAUCCGGGCAGCACGGUUUCAUUACCAAAAGGUGGCAUUUCCUGGAGCUAAUGAUGAGGACCUGGUACCAAGACUUACACGAAACUUCAUGAAGGAAGGUUACAUGGAGAAAACCGGUCCAAGGCAUACAGAAGGCUUUAAGAAAAGAUGGUUUACUAUGGAUGAUAGGAGGCUAAUGUAUUUUAAAGAUCCCUUGGAUGCAUAUGCACGUGGAGAAGUUUUCAUUGGCAGCAAGGAGAACAGCUACACAGUCGUACCCGGUCUACCGCCCUCCAUCCAAGGCUACCAUUGGAAGUAUGGCAUCACCAUUGAAACACCAGACAGGAAAUUUCUGUUUGCAUGUGAAACAGAGGCGGAGCAAAAGGACUGGAUCGCUGCCCUACAGAGAGUCGUCAACCGACCCAUGAUGCCACAGGAAUACGCAGUUGAGGCUCAUUUUAAGCACAAGCCUUGAUGCCGGCUGUAGACUCGCCUACAUGGACGAUACAAACAAUUCUGUCUAAUGAGUCUACUGGACACAUGGAAUAUGGGGUUUGGGGUGAGAUCCGGACAAAGCAAGUCUCAACACGAACAAAGGAAUGGCUCCCUUCUUACCUUUAUUUAGUACUUAUUCACUGAACUGUUGAAAGCGUCUUUGUGUCAACAGAGUGAUUACACCGAGGAUCAAUUAUCAUGAAUGUACCUUCGUAAGUGUGAAAAACAAAGCAGACAUACAGUACUGAGUGCUGUUAGCCAAGCUACUGUAUAAAUAUGGCAUGUGAAUGUUAUUCAUCCCUCUUUCACGUAACCUUUAAUCUCAAACUCAAACCGCAGGUACUGUUUUGCAAAACUCCACAGAGCUGUUGUAUUAUUUUCCCAAUAACUGACCGAUUAAGGACUAAUGUUAUUUAUUGGAAGUACUGUAUUGUACUGUAUAUCCAAGCGAAUGCUGCUGUGAAGUAUAGUGGAAUCCUCAGAUGCUACGCAAAGUGUGUUUUGUUGAAUAACCCUAAUGUUAUUUCUGUUUACAUGCAGUUAAAGGGGGUUUGGGAUCUGGUGCUGAGUAAACUAAUUAAUAUUCAUAUUGUGUUAGUUGUCAUUUUAACUAGGAGAGAAAAUCAUGUCAGAAACCUAGAGCUUUGAAAGGUAGGCUAUACAUUCAUAUUUAUGGCAAUGAUGGUAGUUCUGGGCUCGAGUCAUCUUUAUCCACUAGGUGGCAGUAUAUAAUAGUUUUCGUUUCAGAUGCAUCUUUUUAUGCAAAAUGAGUUAAUAUCUGUGAUUGCUUGAAAUAUCGGCCAAUAUUUGGCCAUUUUGAGAUUAUUAGCAUUGGCCAAUAACCACAUCCUCCACAGAGCCAUCAGCAACUAGGCUCUAUAGAUCCCCGUAUGAACAUCAUUCAUUUUGUAACAGCAGACUGCUAGUAGCAGCUAUUUAAAGAAUGGAUAAGAAGAUUAACUUUAUAUUCAUCCUAAAUGUUUUAAUCGCAAGUUCCAGUUACAACAAUCUCAUACUGACAUUUUCUCCAUGUCUUUGUUUUUGGAAGAUUCUAUGUGUGGAAACAGUUUCUUACAAUUUCACUUACAGUACAUAACUGUGGCUCUUCUUUUCAGGUUAAGAUGUUUAUGGAUUUUGUCUUGUUUAAAAUAGGAGUUUGUGAAUUUCUACAACCAAAAAGUUGCACCAUGACAUAAAUAAGUUUUUAUAAGUGUUAUUUUUAUAACGCUGUAUCUGGUUGGAGAUACUUUUGCAUUAAUUUAAUUUUGAGGCGCAGAAUACAAAAGAUAUUUUGAAGAAUGUUGGUAACCAAAUUACAUUGGUCCCUCAUUGAAGUCCAUUGUAUGGACACAAAUCCACAUUUCUCAAAAUAUAUUUUCAUAGAAGAGUCAUAAUAUGGCUUUUGAAUGACAUAAGGGUGAAUAAAUCAUGUCAGAUUUUAUACUUUUAGUCGAACUAUCACUUAAAAAUGAAAACAUGAGUUUUUACUUGACAUUUUUAUGACCAGUUUAUUUGUUGCACUAAGCUUACCUGUGCAGAAAUCUGUGCAAAUAUUAAAGUAACUGUGUAUAAUGCAACAUAAUACAUUUUAUUUAAUUGCAUAAUGUUCAUGUUUACAAAAUGCUUAUUAUAGUACACAUAUGUUAAUGUACCAAGACCAACAGCACUAAACGUAUCUAAAAAACACCA